AAACAAUAGUUUGGGCAUUAGGGUUUCUUGACUCUUGGUGGCCGAACUAGGUUUUCUCGACUCUCUUGUGGCGCUCUGCGGGUUACUCUCUUCCCAUCAAAAUGGUUAAAGGUCGUCAAGGAGAGCGAGUCAGGCUCUAUGUCCGAGGAACGAUUCUCGGGUACAAAAGGUCGAAAUCGAACCAGUACCCGAACACGUCUCUGAUUCAGAUCGAAGGGGUGAACACGAAGGAAGAGGUUGCGUGGUACUGUGGUAAGCGCAUGGCUUACAUUUACAAGGCCAAGGUCAAGAAGGAUGGUUCCCACUUUCGCUGCAUUUGGGGAAAGGUCACUAGGCCUCACGGUAACAGUGGAGUCGUUCGCGCCAAAUUCAAGUCGAACCUUCCUCCCAAAUCAAUGGGAGCUAGGGUUAGGGUUUUCAUGUACCCGAGCAACAUUUGAGCUUGCCGGUUCAUGUACAUUCUAGAUUGCGCAGGAUUAGUUGAAUCAUGUGACUUCCAGUAUGUUACUUUCUAUUGGGUUUACUUAAAAGGUUUUGUACUUUGACACUGCUAGGUCAUUAUUCUGUUUUUUUUUUUUCUUUAAAUUUAUUUUGGGUGGAAGGCUUAUCUUUGAUAACACCAAUGGUUAGCUCUAGACUUGGGCUUUUCCCCUCUAUUUUGUUUGCUGAGUUACUGGUCGUGUUUUCAGACUUUACUUCCAACUUUAUGAGAAGUGAUGAUUAGUAUUUUUUUGGUGAAUUCAAUUUGAUCAUUUUAAGCA